AUGGUCGUCGUACACAAGCAAGCAAAGUUUGAUCCAGCUGCUCAUCUACAUAAACACGGCUGGAAGGGGAAAGGUACUGCUCUCAAACAUGGUCAUGCUAUCAAGCCACUAGCCGUAGUCCAAAAAAAAACACUAUCAGGGAUAGGUAAAGAUCGAGAUGAGGCCGUUCCAUUUUGGGACCAUAUAUUCGCAGCCACCGCCGCCUCCCUAUUCUCUCCCUCCCCUUCGUCCUCCCCCGGUCCAUCAAGCUCAUCAUGGGCUCCUGCACCGAUUCAAGCAGAUCAGAAAGGAAAUAUCAUCUCCAAUCCUCAGGAAAUAGUGGCGAAGAAACCGAAAUUAUCAAUCAACGCUACUGCUCGUGCUGGAAGGGAAUUAGCAAGGAGGGGGUUAUACUCGAGAUUCUUCAGAGGAAAGGUUUUACAUAUCAAGGAGUCCGAUGAUGACGAAGAGGAGGAGGCACCAAGUGGGACGAAUAACCCUAAAGAAGUUGAGGAAGUUGAAGAUUCUUUGAUUGCUGCUGGACCAUCGAGGUUGAAUAUGACUAAACUGGAACAGGAGGAAAAGAAGGAUCCGAAAGAUCUGAAAGAGAAGAGCAGAAUUAAAGGAAAAGGCAAAGAGAAAGAGAAAGAGUCUAUGGAGGAAAGAAGGAUUAGGAAAGCUGAGAAAGCGAGACGAAAAGCUGAGAAGGAAAAGGGGAAGGGAAGGUUGGUGGAAGGAGAAGCAGAGGAUGUAACAGAGAAUGUGAAAUCCAAGAGUGAGAAAAAGAAGAAGAAAAAAGAUAGAUCAAGAAAAGAUGACUGUGGUGAAGCACAAAUUGUUCAGGGCGAUGAAGAUCAGGCGUCGGGAGGGACGGAGAAGAAGCGCAAACGGAAAGACACAAGAGACGUCGAAGAGACUAAAGGAAAGAAGAAGAGUAAGAGCAAGAGUAAAAGCAAGGACAUGAAUCAGAUAGGAGAGAGCGAAAAGAAGAAGAAGAAGAAGUCAAAAUCAAUCGAAGAGCCAUAA